UCCUCCUGUCAACAAACUCUGCUCUCUAGCUGCACUUGUUACAGCUCCUUUCUAUCAUCUUCACCACAAAGAACAAGAUUUUGAUCCUAGCACCAGCUUGACCAAAGAGGAAACCAACAAUGUCCAACAUCAUGAAAGUGUUUCUGCUCCUGGCUGUCAUCGUCUGCAUCUCUGAAGCCCAACGCGACGAUAUGUCAGGAGAGCAGUGUCUCUGUCGACGUUUCAGGAAUAGAAUCAACGGGAGGAAUAGCGUAAAGGACAUCCAGGUCUACCCAGCAACCAUCUUCUGUGACAAAGUGGAGAUUGUUGUCACUGCCAACAGCGGCCUUCGCUAUUGCCUGAACCCCAAGCUGAAGACGGUGCAGAAACUCAUGGCUUCCAUCAUAAACAACAGAAAACCUAAAACCUCUACUACAGCCAGACCAACUGAGGUCACUUCCGCCUCAGGCAGCACCGACACAGCUCGCUUCUGACUCUUUAUCUCCUCGGAUCAGUAAGAAGAAGCUCAGAUGAUCUCCAACCCCCCCACAAACAAAGGCACCUCAACUAUGCUAUGUAAUUUAUUUGUCUAUGUGUCUAUUUAUCUUCUAUUUAUACUGAUGUGCACUUACAGUAUAUAUCUGUUCUAUUUUAUUUUCCUUUUAUCUGUAUUUGUAAAUAGAUGAAUGUGUUGUGAACCAAGUCUUAUGUUCAUUUUAGUGU